GAGGAAGCAAAUCGAGUUAGGGCUUUUGAAAAAAACAAUCAAACAAGAGAGGGAGGGAGCGAAAACUAAACCCCUUUCAUUUCUUCCCACUUCCGCCAUUGUCGUUGCUCGACUUCUCUCGAAGCUUCCACACUCUUCUCUCAGACCGAUCGGCACCGCCGAGGGAUCUCCGCCGUGAAGAAAUGGCGCUGGCGUUCGACGAGUUCGGGAGGCCAUUCAUCAUUAUCAGAGAGCAGGGACAGAAGACCCGAUUGCGAGGCCUCGAAGCUCAUAAGGCCAACAUUUCCGCCGGGAAAGCCGUCGCUCGCAUCCUCCGGACCUCUCUCGGCCCCAAGGGCAUGGACAAGAUGCUCCAGGGCCCCGACGGCGACGUCACCAUCACAAAUGAUGGUGCAACAAUUUUGGAGCAAAUGGAUGUUGACAAUCAAAUUGCAAAGUUGAUGGUUGAACUUUCUCGUAGUCAGGAUUACGAGAUUGGUGAUGGGACAACUGGUGUUGUUGUUCUGGCUGGUUCACUUCUGGAGCAGGCUGAGCGGCAAUUGGAACGUGGUCUUCAUCCAAUUCGGAUCGCUGAGGGCUAUGAGAUGGCCUCUAGAAUAGCUGUUGAGCAUCUUGAGCGUAUAGCUCAGAAGUUUGAAUUUGGGGAGUCCAAUAUAGAGCCUUUAGUUCAAACUUGCAUGACUACUUUGUCUUCGAAGAUAGUGAACCGGUGUAAGCGUGAUCUGGCUGAGAUUGCUGUUAGGGCAGUUCUUGCUGUUGCACAUUUAGAAAGGAAGGAUGUUAAUUUAGAUUUAAUAAAGGUGGAGGGGAAAGUAGGAGGCAAGUUGGAAGACACUGAGCUCAUUUAUGGAAUUCUUGUUGACAAGGAUAUGAGCCAUCCGCAGAUGCCAAAGCGAAUUGAGGAUGCAAAAAUUGCUAUCUUGACUUGUCCCUUUGAGCCACCUAAGCCAAAAACUAAACAUAAGGUUGAUAUUGAUACAGUGGAGAAGUUCCAAACCUUGCGUCAACAAGAGCAAAAGUACUUUGACGAAAUGGUCCAAAAGUGCAAGGACAUUGGGGCUACUUUGGUUAUCUGUCAAUGGGGUUUUGAUGAUGAAGCAAAUCAUUUACUGAUGCACCGGAACUUGCCUGCUGUAAGAUGGGUUGGUGGUGUAGAGUUGGAACUAAUUGCAAUAGCCACAGGUGGAAGGAUUGUGCCUAGGUUCCAGGAGUUGACUCCUGAGAAGUUGGGAAAGGCUGGUCUGGUUCGAGAAAAAUCAUUUGGUACAACAAAAGACCGAAUGCUGUACAUUGAACACUGUGCAAAUUCAAAGGCUGUUACCAUAUUUAUCCGUGGAGGUAACAAAAUGGUGAUUGAGGAGACCAAACGCAGUAUUCAUGAUGCAUUGUGUGUUGCUAGGAAUCUUAUUCGCAACAAUUCUAUUGUCUAUGGUGGCGGUUCAGCUGAGAUAUCUUGUUCAAUUGCAGUAGAGGCAGCUGCAGAUAGAUACCCAGGAGUUGAGCAGUAUGCUAUCAGAGCAUUUGCUGAUGCUCUGGAUGCCAUCCCUAUGGCGCUUGCGGAGAAUAGUGGACUCCAACCCAUUGAAACGUUGUCUGCAGUUAAAUCGCAGCAAAUUAAGGAGAACAAUCAUUAUUGUGGAAUUGAUUGCAAUGAUGUCGGCACUAAUGACAUGCGUGAGCAGAAUGUUUUCGAGACCCUCAUCGGCAAGCAGCAGCAGAUCUUGCUGGCAACACAAGUUGUCAAGAUGAUAUUGAAAAUAGAUGAUGUUAUCUCCCCUUCCGAGUACUGAAAAUUUGGGGUUCAUGACCUGUUCAAAUUUGCCAAACAGAAUGGGCGUUCGUUUUAUGUUUGGUAUAUUUCUCGGUGUGAUUCCGGUUUUGAUUCAACUUCUGGGACAAUCUCCUCUUGAUGGAUACUACUUGUUGCUUGCACUGUAGCUUUUCUGAGGUGCCUUUUGUUUAAAUUGUAAGCAUAGCUGCUACUCAUCGGUUUGGUGAUAAUAGAUUGUUGAACUUUCCUAUUUUGUUUAAA